AUGUUAAAUUAUACCAUAUCCGACGCCGUGCUUGGCCUGAUCAGUGACGAACUCUGCCAACUGAUUCUAACCAUAAACAUUGCCUCCAUCAGUCCCGUCCUUUCUUUGAUUGGUCUCGGUGGAAACAUCAUCAACAUCAUUGUCUUCAUGUCACAAGAUUUCCAUGACACGGUAAACAUCAGCCUAUUGGCUUUGGCCGUCAGUGACACGGGGACUGUGCUGAACAAUUUCAUCAUCGAUAUCCUCAACAAUCCGAUAUUGGUCCACUCAGAAAUAUUUAUUGACCCGCAAGAGUUCCAGACCGCCAUUGCUGGGUUGCCCAUCGCCUCCUUCAGCAGGAUUGCCAGCUGGAUAACGGCGUACAUCACAUUCGAAAGAUGUCUGUGCGUUGUGGUCCCAUUGAGAGUCAAGAGAUUGGUCACUCCUAAACUCGUUGUUUUCAUAAUGGUUUCAAUCUACGUCAUGAUGUUUGCAACCAUCAUACCCGAGUACAUGACCUUCUAUUUAGACUGGAAAUAUUUUCCCGACAGAAACAAAACUAUGAUUGGUAUGGUGCCGAGAAAGUACAGCCAGGCAGCAAGGGGGAUAACUUUUACAAUUAUCACAUUUAGUCAAUUCCUUUCGAUACCCUUAAUUAUUCUUUUCACAGUUAUUCUUACUGCAAAGCUACGACAAAAAUCAAAAUGGCGCGUUAAAACCACUUCCGGAGCCGACCGAGCGUUGAAAAAUAUGAAUAAGAAAGAUUCCAAGGUAAUUAAAAUGAUAACGGCCAUCGCAGUCAUCCACAUCCUUUGUUAUUUUCCCGCCUACAUUGACUUGCUCAUUGUUAUCACUGUUGUAGAAUUUUACAUCUUAGGACAUUACAAGAACUCUUUUCUUGUAGCGUUCUCUUUUUCCAACGUGUUUGAAGCCGUGAACUCGUCACUAAGUAUUUUCUUGUAUUACAGAAUGAGUACCAAGUAUAGGCGCACAUUUAAUAAUAUUUUUUUUAAAAUUAAAUUUAUAGAUUAA